CAAUCGUCGUUCCGAACGGUCCGCAGAACAACACAACCAGUGAUAGCUUAGAAAUGCACCAGCUUUUAGCAGCUUUCACAUACAUAUAUAACUUGAGUUGAAGCCAUGCCAUGACUGUCAAAACGGAGUUCGACCCCAAGAACAUGCCCUUCCGCCGUCUGGGCCCCAGCGGUCUACGGGUACCGGUGUUCUCACUUGGUGGAUGGCUGACGCUGGGAGGAACCGUUGUUGGUGACCCUGUCAAGGAAAUCAUCAAAGUUGCCUUCGAGAAUGGUAUCAACAUGUUCGACACUGCCGAGGGCUACGCAAAGGGUCAUUCGGAAGUUGAAAUGGGUCGUGUUAUUAAAGAACUCGGCUAUCGUCGCUCUGAUUUGGUCAUCACCACAAAAUUGUUCUUUGGUACCCGUACUGGUCCGAAUGACACUGGUCUCUCCAGAAAACACAUUAUUGAAGGUACCCAGGAGUCACUGGACCGUCUUGGCCUCGACUAUGUUGAUGUUCUCUUCGCACAUCGACCUGAUUACACCACACCGAUGGAGGAGAUCGUCCGCGCUUUCAACUAUGUCAUUGAGAAGGGCUGGGCAUUCUACUGGGCCACAUCAGAAUGGUCUGCCAGGGACAUUGAGAGGCUUACCGUGCACGUCGCUGAGAAGCUCAACCUGAUCCCUCCUAUUGCCGAGCAGUGCCAGCACCACAUGCUUCACCGUGAACGUCCCGAAAAAGAAUACGCACCUGUCUACAAGAAGUAUUCCAUCGGAACCACCGUUUGGUCAGCACUGGCUAGCGGCCUCCUCACCGGCAAGUACAACAAUGGUGUCCCGGCAGAUUCUCGGUUCGCUGCCCACUCUGAUUUCUUCAAGGACACUUUGAAGAGCCUUGACCAGGAGGAGGGUCUCUCCAAGAUUCGCAAAGUCCAAGCGCUCACCACGCUCGCCGAGACGGAGUUAGGCUGUAGCGUCACACACUUGGCGUUGGCAUGGGUUGCAAAGAACCCGAACACGAGCACCGUCAUCCUCGGCGCCUCUAAGCCUGAGCAAGUGGUCGAUAACUUGAAGGCACUGGACGUUAUUCCCAAAUUAACGCCUGAGAUCCUAGACAAAAUUGAGGCGAUCCUUCAAAAUAAACCUGCCCCAACUCCUACCUUUGGCAGACCACCACUUGAUGCCUAUGGUCGCCUAUGAGGUCGAUGAUUUUCCCGUUGAUGAAUACACUGAGAACUUUAUGAAAUUCCGGGACGCAUAGACAUC